UCCUUUGACUACGGUUCAAGUUCCUAAAGCGAUAAAGUGAUUAGAUUUCCUGCUUUUACCGGGAUAUUGUUUAUUGAGUUUUUACCAAUUUAAGAACUAACACAAUGGCACCAGUAACAGAAGCUUUGUUGACUAUCUCCUUCGGCGAGGGUCCGCACUGGGACGUAGAGGAACAAGCUCUUUACUACUGCAACUUUACAGACAACACAAUCAAUAAAUACAAUCCAUUGACAAGGGAAAACACCUGUGCAGAGUUUGAUGAGCACGUGUCAUUUAUCAUACCGAUUGAGGGCAAAAAGCAUCACUUUCUCGGCGGGAUGAGACGGGACAUUGUCGAAAUAGAAUGGAACGGUGAGAAUGACACCGCAAGAGUUGUCAGAAUUGUGGCCCAAGUUGACGACGACAAACCUAUCAAUGUACUUAACGACGGAAAAGCGGAUCCUAGAGGGCGAUUGUACACUGGUACGUUAGGGUAUAAACCUAGUGAGACAAUCGUAAUUGAGAACUUUAUCCAUGAAAACGGUUCACUGUAUCGCUUGGAUGUGGAUAAUCAGAUUCACAAGUUGGACGCGGUCACUCUCGCCAAUGGACUGGCUUGGGAUAUUGAAAGAAAGUAUUUCUACUAUGUAGACUCUAUGGACGCUAUUAGACGAUAUGAUUAUGAUAUAGAGACUGGAAAUAUUUCAAACUGUAAAAAAAUAUUUGUUGCUGCGGAACACGGACUUAAAGGACUUUGCGACGGAAUGACCAUAGACACGGAUGGUAAUCUAUGGGUGGCUGUUUUUGAAGCCAGCAAGGUUGUUAAAAUCGAAGGGGAAACCGGAAAAUUGCUCCAAAAAGUAACGAUACCUACGAGUGAAGUUACAUCGGUUGCGUUUGGUGGAUCGAACUUAGACAUCUUGUAUGUGACUUCUGGCAACACUCGGUGCAAAAAGCAUCAAGCGGUGUGGGGCGCGGCUUUAUAUGAGGUCACAGGCCUCGGGGUUAAAAGAUAUGCACCUAAUAAAGUUAAAAUAAACUGA